CUCAGAGAAAUCGAGACCACAACGGCCUGUCAAUAUGGCAGGCGCGAGGUUUAUUAAAUUUUAGUGUACAUAAGUAAUAUACAAGUUUACAAGUUUAGAAUUAAUCACAAAAUUGACCGUAGUAAUGAGAUGAGAAGGUAGACACUGAAGCCGUAAUGGAUCAUUACCUGACAACCUACCGCAAGGACUAUUUAUGGCCCAACCUGCCUGGUACCACUGAGCAGCUAAAGGCUGGUGGUGGUGGUGGCGGUGGUGGUCCGGGAGGUGGUGGCGCUGGCGGUGGCCUUGGAGGACCUGGAGGAUUGGCUGAUCUUUCGAAACUCUCUGGGCAAGAGUUAGCAUUCUACCAGGCAUGUCUGCAACACUCGCGGCCGCCGGACUGCCGGUGCCCGCAGUACUCCGGGGGGGAGAUGCCCGUACUACCGCCGGGAAAGGAGGGAGGAUGGAGUCGAAAUGAGAUAAUGGGACCAAUGUUGGAUCCCAAACUGUAUCCAGUUCGCGCUGGAGCGGCUCCAGAAACACCUACAUCGCGAUACGACCAACCGAAUGCGUUCUUGGAUAAGUUGCAAUCGAAGUACCCGAUGCUGUACAGCAUCUUGCAGAACGAAGCCUCUCCGGAGUUGAAGCAGAGAAUAGACCGGGACCGCAACAAGACCACUUACCAGGUCGACUACUGCGAGACAGGUCCCGGAGCCAAGUUCGAAGGUCUCCAACGAGCAGCAGACGAGAGUGGAACCGGUCCGUGCGCACAACCGAUGCGGUUGCCCGGGGAUCCCUGCCGCGUCGGACCCAAGCCCACCAGGUCUGCGCCCAAGACCAUCUCCAAGCAAGGAAGCGGUGGCGCCGCCAGCGAUGUCAGAGGAAAAUGCGAAACGACAUCAGCCACUCCACCGCUCGGGCGCACGGAGUACCAGGACGGCGUCUCCAAGCUCGGCGCCAUCAUCAUGCGAGACAAACUGCAUCGGAGGUAGCAACACAUCACGUCGUGGACAACUGGGACAAUCAUGGAAUAAACUAUUUGGAUCAGA